AGGAAAAUAAACGAAAUUCAUGUCAAACUCUAAGGCAGACAUGUCAUGACGUCAUCAAGACAGACAAUGCGGGCUUAGCAACUGGUCUGAAUUUGAUAACUUAAUUUAGUUGUUGUUACGGAGUGCAGUCAAAAUGAAACUUCAGAUUUUCACAGUGGAUGCCUUCAGCAGUCGCCCUUUCGAGGGCAAUCCAGCGGCUGUUGUACCCCUUACCGAGGAACUGGACGACGAAACACUACAGAAAAUCGCCAGUGAGAUGAACCUCUCAGAAACGGCCUACAUUCGACCCACUGGCUCUGGUUUCGACUGGGUUGAGUCGAAUCACUUCUCUCUAAGAUGGUUCACGCCAGUGUCGGAGAUACCUCUGUGUGGACACGCUACACUCGCGUCUGCUCACGUUAUAUUCUCCUGUCUUGGAAACACCAGAAACGAGAUCAAAUUCGACACGCUGAGCGGAGAGCUGAUCGUCAGGAGGGAAAAAGACGAACAACUCGUGAUGGAUUUUCCCGCAAACGCCCCGAAAGCUCUGGAUUCAAAGCAAACUCUUCUUCUCGCGCCUUUGGUGGAGGCUUCCACGACCUCUCUGAGGAGCAAGGUCCAAGAAGUGAGGCUCUGUAGCACCAUCAAGUAUCUGCUGAUAAGGUUUAAUGAUUCUGUCACGAGGGAGGACCUGGAAGGAGUCCAGCCGAACUACAGCGAGAUGAUGAAGGUCCACGACGGGUCUUUGGUGAAGGGCGUCAUCCUUACUGCUGUAGGGGACGCCCAUAAGGGCGGCCCUUCGAAGUAUCAUGUGUUCUCCAGGUUCCUGGGGCCCUGGUACGGAGUGAAUGAAGACCCUGUGACUGGGUCGGCCCACACGGUACUGGGACCUUACUGGUCCAAAGAAUUGGGAAUUCAAGAGCUAUUUUGUCGCCAGUGUUGUAGGCGGGGUGGUGACGUCACGGCGUUGCACAAACCUGAAACGCAAAGGGUCCAUUUGAAAGGCGUUGGAACGACGGUCAUUAACGGUCACAUAACGAUCGGCUGAUUGAUUGGUCGGCGGAAAAUGGCGUCGCAGGGAUUGAGGUCAAGGAGGGGGUGAAGCUGGGUGAGGUGGAGAAUUGAUUUUGAAGUUGGUUUUGUUGUGAAGUUCUGGGGAGGAAUUUGGAAUAAAUGUUGGAGAACUUGACAAA